AUGAGGACUUUGUCAAUUGAAGAAUUUGCUGGAGCUCGAUCUGAGACAAAACAAAUUCAUAGUAGGUUUAUUUCUAUUGAAUACUUAUCUCUCUCAGAUAAUGAGUUUGAGGGUUUCUUCUCUUUUGAAUUAAUCGCCAACCUCUCAAAGCUCAACAGUUUCAACCUUUCACCAAGAUCUAGUUUACUGCCUGUGAACGGAAAUCUCCUGGCAGCCAAAGUUUCAGUUGAGUGUCAUAGAAUUACAGAAUUGCAAUUUGGAAAUAAUUCCAAGCUUUCUUCAGCACCAGAAGGAUUUGCGUGUAAUCAAUCUCUCCAACAACAACUUCCGAAGAAUAUAGGAAAAGUGCUUCCAAAUCUAGAGCACUUCAAUCUUUCAAAUAAUAUAUUUCAAGCAAAUUUUCCAUCUUCAAAAAAAAACUUCUCUGGCUCUCUACCAAAAGAAUUUCACAUUGUUCGUUAUUCGUUGGGUAUUUUGAGGCUUUCAUACAACCAAUUCCAUGUCCAAAUUUUUCCAAAAGCAACAAAUUUUUGGAAGUUGUAUGUAUUGAUUGCGAAUAACAACCUAUUUAAUGAGAUCAUGGAUGGAUUGCUUCAUUCAGAAAGUAUAUAUGUGCUUGACUUGUCGAAUAAUUAUCUACAAGGUGUCAUUCCAAGUUGGUUCGACAAGAUUCAUUUCACAUAUCUUUCUAUUUCAAAUAAACUUUUGGAAGGCACCCUACCAAGUGCCUUUUUUUAA